AUGACUAUCAACCUCUUAUCAGAAGACGAGGAGUUGCAUAAUGAAGCCUCAUUAGGGUUUUCUCUUGAGACUGUUGGCUGCUCUAGCCGUGGAAAAAGGGACAUUAGCAGUGUCAAAAAUAAUGAUCACAUUGAGGAAGUUAAGUCUUCUAAGCAGCUUUGGUGGCAUUCUUACUAUUCUGAUGAUUUCGAUUGGCGGGUUGAUGUUGGAGGGAAAUUGGACUGUCUUUUCCGUAUUUUGCGCAAAUGUGCAGACAUUGAUGACAAAGUUCUAGUUUUUACACAAAGUCUUAUGUCAUUGGAUCUGAUAGAGAAAUUUCUCAGAGAAAUGCAUCGACAGUGGUUAAUUCAUGAGGGUGAAGUACCAGAACCUAAAAUCAACGACGAGUCUGAGGAGGAUACACGAAACAGGCCAGAUCUUUCACAAUAUUUCUCGGACCUUGGCUACAAUAGCUGGAUAAAGGGUAAAGAUUAUGAGCGAAUGGACGGUAGUAUGAAUGCUUCUACUCGCAAGGAGCUGCAGUCUCGUUUCAAUAGUGUAUGUAACCGCCGCCUCCGUCUCUUCCUUAUUUCAACUAGGGCAGGUGGUCUUGGCAUCAAUCUUGUUUCUGCAAACAGACUUAUCAUGUUUGAUGUAUCAUGGAAUCCCAGUAAUGACAUCCAAUCUAUCUUCCGGAGCUAUCGUUUUGGUCAGACAAAACCCGUUUAUAUUUACCGGCUUAUCGCUCAAGGCACAAUGGAGGAAAAAAUGUAUGACCGACAGGUAAGAUCCAUUAGCCUCGCUUGGAGCUCCACUAUAAAAUUUAUCUCAGUUUGCAGCUCUCAUUUGCAGCCCCCCACUAUCUUCCUAAAUUAA